AUGCAAACUCUUUCGAGCAUAACCUCCUUCGUCCCACGUUUAUCUAUGGUGAUAGUACGGGCUGGCACGCCGCAUUCAAACCCUAGUACAAAUCGCUUUCUGUCAGUGAUGGCAACCAGAACGGUCGGCGAUAAAGCCAAAUGGCGAAGAAAAAAUAAAAAUGAUGACGACAAUGAUUGUGCCAGUCUGGCGUGGCUUCUGAAUUUCCGUCUCGAUGAGAUCAUCAACGUGAAAGUCCCUGAUGAUGAAGAGCACACGGAGGAGACUUCGGGGACGAGGAAACCGCCGUAUACCUACCCCGAACUUAUUGAACGUGCUUUGAGAGAAAAAGGAGAGCUUACGGUUUCGGCUAUUUACCAAUGGAUUUCCGAUCGCUUCCCUUUCUACAAAGCGAACGACGAGCGCUGGAAGAACUCUGUUCGGCACAAUUUAUCAAUCAACCCCCAUUUUCGGAAGGGCGCGCGAGCCGCUCAAGGAGCUGGUCAUCUCUGGUCCCUAGCCGCCAACGCGAUAGACCUGCUGCCGCUGCGGAAGGAGUAUAAGACUGAUCAGUUGCCUGAAGCUCAUAUAAUUGAGUGUCCAAAGGUCAUAGUAUUAGAUGAGGCCGCCAUCGCAGCAGCUAGCAUAAUUCCCGAUCAAGACAUAUUCAACGGGGGCACAAUGUUCCUGAAUCCUGUUUCGACGGAGCAAGUGGUCCGGGAGUGUGGACUUAUCACCAGCCUAUAA